GUCAGCAGUCAGUGUGAGAGCACAUCCCUGCCAGAAUGCAGAGCAUGAGAGCAGGAGACGUGGAAAGCACACGCCAGGAGUUGUAAUCAGUGGGACAGGCCCGUAGCGUGGGCUUGAGGCAUGGCCAAGCAGGAGGCUUGGAAGCGGAUGAUCUUUAAGGUUGCUGAACUUUCCCAGCAGCUGGACAGGGAAUGUCAAAAGUGCACGCAGCUGGAAGCCACAAGCCGGGGUUUGCAAGAAGAGCUGUCCAGCCUGCGUGGGAAGUGGGGAAACCUGGAGAAGAGCAAAUGCCAGCUGCAAGAAGAGCUGGCAAAAGUCCGGCAUCAUUUGGAGAGCAAUGUGGUGGAUGGCAGCCAGAUCAUGGCUGGACUUCUCCAACGAAGAUUUGGGAAGGGCUCUCCCCACAUUUGCUCCAAGCGCUGGUGCCUAAAGAGGCCAAUGCGAGACAGACGAGAUGGGUUGCAAAAG